AUGAAUAUGGAUACAGUUGCUACUAAUGUAGCAAAUAAAGCAACAAUUAUCAGUAAAAAGAUAUCAACUGCAGGAGCCUGGGCUGGACAACAAUUUAGUAAAGCUGCAAAUUAUAUUAGAACACAAUCAUUAGCUAUUAAUGAUGAAGAUAAUUCUGCAUUGAAUGACGGAAGUCAAAACUCUAAACAAGUUCAAGCAUCAGACAAUUAUUUUUUUGAACAAUUCUCACCCAUACAACUUACUAAUGAAGAUAGUAAAAAUGUAGAUGAACAAUAUACUAUCUCAAAAAUAACAAUUAAUGAAAAUGAAAAACAUAUGCAUGAAUUAUAUGUUGAAGCUAUGUAUACAAUUCAACACAAAAUUGGUAAUCAAGGUGAUUUGACACAAAGUCAAUUAGCUAAAUAUGUUCAAUCAGCAUUUGAGGUUGAUGAAAAAUUACACAAAUCAUUAAUUGCAAGAGCUUCAAGACAAAAAGCACCUAUUGUUUUAUUGAAUGUUCAAUUAAUUGAAGGAAAAGAUCUUAUUGCUAAAGAUAUUAAUGGUUUUAGUGAUCCUUUUUGUAUGAUGGGUAUUGUUCCUGGAGAAAAAAAAACUUUUAAACCUAUUCUUAAUCCUGAAGAUAUUGAAGUAACACCAUGGGACUUUGAAGAUAUUCCUGAUGAUUCUGGUUUAGUACAAAAAGUUGGUAAACCAACAUCACCAACCUCUCCAAAUGAUAAUAAUAAAAAACAUCGACUCUCAAGAAUUGGUGGAUCAUUUAGAAGAAAAUUAGUUGGUAAAAAAAAUCAAAAAAUUGAUGAUUAUGAGACAACAAAUAUUCCAGCUAAAAUUAUUAAAGCAUCAUCUGUUCAAAAAAUGACAUUAAAUCCUAAGUGGAAUGAAAAAUUUCAAUUUAUUGUUGAUGAUAUUCAUUGUGAUAAAUUUCAUUUAGAUAUAUGGGAUCAUGAUGAUGAUGAAAGAUCUGUUAUUGAUGCAGUAACAUCUCUUAAUGAAAUAAGUGGUCUUAAAGGUCUUGGUAGAUAUUUUAAAGAAGUUACACAAAGUGCACGAGCACAAAGUAAUGAAUCAGUUGAUGAUUUUUUAGGAUGUGUUAAUAUAAGUUUAUCAGAAAUACCACCAGAUGGUAUUGAAAAAUGGUUUGAAUUAGAAAGAAGAUCAGAAAAAUCUGAAGUUUCUGGUUCAAUAAAACUUAAAUUAUGGUUAAGUACAAAAGAAGAAAGAGUUAAUCAAAGUGAUGAUGAAACUAUUGAUGUUAAACAACAUGUACAAUUAAUAAGACAAUUUGCAUUACAUGAAAUAAGAUGUUCACAAAAACCAGUUAAUGCAUUUGAUGGAUUAUUACCAGAUCCUGCAAAAGCUAUACUUUAUCAACAUGCUAUACAAGGUGAUUUAACAAUUACUCAUCAAUUAAUGUGUCAAUGGCUUGCCUAUUGUGCAAUGAUUAAUAUUGGAAUAAAUUUUCAUUUACUUUUUGGUAUAGCAAAUAAAUUAAUUGAUAAAUGGAGUCCAUUAGAUUUAGAUAAAGAUGAAGAAAAUAUGUUAGCAUGUUCAUUUAAUGAUUUUGAUGAAUUUGUCAAAACAUACCUUAUUAAUCAUUUAAAAAAUGUUAAUGUUCUUAAGAAAUCACAAGUUGAUCGUUUUGAUAAUAUUUUAAAAACAUAUGUUAAAAUAAAAGAUAGCCAUUUAUAUGAAAGAUGUGUACCAUUUGGACCAAGUAAAGAUACAUUUUUAAUUGAAUGUUUAAUAAAAGGAUCAAAAGAUUAUUUUAAAUGGUAUUUUGAGUUAUCUAAAGAAGAAACUAAUAGUUGUAAAACAUUAUUAAAACUUAUUGUUCAUCUUAUUAAGGGUUGCCAAAAAAUGAAAUAUCUUGAAGGAUAUUUUAAAUCAAAUAGUGAUAUUGAUUAUGUUAUGAUUUUAUAUUCAAAUUGGAGUGUAAUGCUUGAUGAGUAUAUGGCUAUUGAACAAACCAAUGAAUCAAAAAGUUCAUUAAAACAAUUAUUUAAUAAUGCUCAUGAUGGUGAAGAAAUUGUUAUUUUAAGUAUAAUGCAUUUACAUUGUUUAAUUAGAGAUUUUGACUCAUACAAACCAAUAUCAUAUAAGCCAAAAAUGAUGCGUUCUGAUUGGAGGUAUCAAUUUGAUAGAGUUGUUGCAAAAUGGAUUGAUAUAUCAAGAAUAAAGGCAUUUAGUAGAGUUGAUUUAUCAUGUAAACUUGAUUCUAGUCUUCAAUUAACAUCAAAUGAACUUAAAUAUACUAGUAGUUAUGUUGACAUUUGCCAUAUAAUUGAUCAAUUAGCAAAUAUUUGGGAAAAAUUAUAUGUUUAUGAUAUUAAUUUACGUGCUGAUUUAUUAGUUAAAUUAGUACAAUUUAUAUGCAAAUUAGCUGAAUAUUAUAUUGAUAAAAUAAUGGGACAAUUAGCACAAGAUGGAUUUUGUGGUGAUCUUCAAUUUUAUUUACCACCAGCAUUAGUUUCUAUUUUUUGUGCAACAAUUAAUAAUGCUGAACAAGUUAGAAGAAGUUUAGUAAUACAUGAUAAACUUCAAUUAGAAGAAUUUGGAGAAAAAUAUGAGAAAAAAACUAAAAAACCAGCUAAAUUUAGAGAACAAAUUGAGAAUGAUUUAGAUGUUUGUGAUAGAUAUAUAGCAGAACAAAUUGAAAGUACAAUUAUUAGAUUUGUUGUAAGAUGUACUGAUCAAAUGAAAAAACAUGUAUUUCAUCUAGCUUGGAGUCCAACAGCUUGUCCAGUUGAUGUUAGUUUAAAACCAAUGACUGAUUUAUUAGAUGCUGAGUUAUCAUCAAUUCAUAAACAUUUAUUACAUAAAAAUUUUCUAAGAGUUAUGCAUGCACAAAUUGGUGUACUUAUACAAUUAUUUGAUGAAUGUAUUAAUGAAAAUAUUGGUUUUGAACCAAUUUUUUAUCAAAGAUUAUACGAUGCAUGGGGAGUAUUAACGGAUUAUUUUCAUGCUGAUGGUAAAGGUUUAUCUUUAGAGGCAUUUGAUGGAAUGGCAGGGCAUAGAAAAAUAAUUUCAACACUUUCAUUAAAUAAAACACCAACAAUUAAAAUAAUUGAAAAAUAUUAUUCAUCUUUAUUAAAAAAACAGACUGAUGCACAGGAAUGCAAAUAUGGUAUAUUAAAUGUACGUGCUUAUUAUAAUCAAAAAUUACAAACACUUGUUGUUGAUGUUAUUGGUGCUAAACAAAUAAUACCACUUGAUUCAAAUGGUCUCAGUGAUCCUUUUGUUGUUGUAGAACUAGUACCACAUUUUCGUUUUCCAACUCAAGCACCAACAAAAACAAAAGUUGUUAGUAAAAGUUUAAAUCCAAUUUUUAAUGAAACAUUUGAAUUUCCAAUACAGGGAAAUCAACCACCUUGUGCUAUGAUACAUUUUAUAGUUAUGGAUCAUGAUUUUUUACGAUCAAAUGAUUUUGCUGGUGAGGCAUUUUUAGAAUUAAGUGAAGUACCUGGAUUUGGAAAUACACAAGUUAGUAGUACAUUAAGACAAUUCAAUUUAAUACUUAUACAUCCAACAAAUAAAUUUCAAGAUGCUUUGUCUGUAUUAGAAAGCCGCAAAGAUGAUAAAGAAGCUAUAGACUUUCUUAAAUCACUAAGUAUAAGCUAUUAA